ACUAUUUAUUUUUUACAUACGUCGUAAUAUUUCGUUUUUACUAUUUACAUAAGUUGGUGUAACUAAAUGGGAUAGAACACUAUUUAUAAAUCAAAGAACAGUCUUAAAAUAAAUCCAAGGUUACAUUAAUCUUAGAGGAUGACAAACAUUGUCUAACACCACUUAAAUAUUUGCUCACAGCUAACAAAGCUUUUGUUAUUCACUGGAUUUAUAGCUUACUUUCAUUUGAGUAUUCACUGUGGCACUUGCUCCCAUUUUGUAUACAUAAUUAUAUUUACACAAUACAGAUAUAUUCAUUGCUCAUAGAUUAUAUAAAACUGAAUGUGUGUACUGUACAAUGACAAGUGAGGGCGAGUUAGACCUGUGCGACACGUUGGACCCGCAAUGCGAUGGCGGCGGCAAGAAGGUGGUGGUCGGCGUAUGCGCCAUGGCCAAGAAGUCGCAGUCCAAGCCCAUGAAAGAGAUCCUCACACGGCUGGACGAGUUCGAGUACAUCAAGAUGCUCGUCUUCCCAGAGGAGGUUAUCCUUAAGCAACCAGUUGAGGAGUGGCCUAUCUGCGACUGUCUAAUUUCGUUUCACUCCAAGGGCUUCCCUUUAGACAAGGCUAUUCAGUACGAGAAACUUAGGAAACCAUAUGUUAUAAAUAAUCUACACAUGCAAUAUGACAUUCAGGAUCGCAGAAAAGUAUACGCUAUUUUAGAGAGCGAAGGUAUUGAGAUUCCAAGAUACGCAGUGUUAGAUAGAGAUUCGCCUGAUCCAAAACACCAUGAGCUGGUGGAAUCGGAAGACCACGUGGAAGUGAACGGCGUGGUGUUCAACAAGCCUUUCGUGGAGAAGCCAGUGUCGGCUGAAGAUCAUAAUAUUUACAUCUACUACCCCACCUCGGCGGGGGGAGGUUCUCAAAGGCUGUUUAGAAAGAUUGGUAGUCGUAGCAGUAUAUACUCCCCUGAAUCUCGAGUAAGGAAGACCGGGUCAUUUAUUUACGAAGAUUUUAUGCCUACUGAUGGAACGGACGUGAAAGUGUACACUGUCGGGCCGGAUUACGCGCACGCGGAAGCGCGCAAGAGUCCCGCUCUGGACGGGAAGGUGGAGCGCGACUCCGAGGGCAAGGAGAUCCGGUACCCCGUGAUCCUGAGCAACCAGGAGAAGCUCAUAUCCAGGAAGGUGUGCCUCGCCUUCAAGCAGACCGUGUGCGGGUUCGAUUUGUUAAGGGCUAACGGCAAAUCGUUCGUGUGCGACGUAAACGGUUUUUCGUUCGUGAAGAACUCGAACAAAUACUACGAUGACUGCGCGAAAAUACUCGGGAACAUGAUCCUUCGGGAGCUAGCGCCGACGCUGCACAUCCCCUGGUCGGUACCCUUCCAGCUGGACGACCCCCCGAUUGUACCCACGACUUUCGGGAAGAUGAUGGAGCUGAGAUGUGUCGUGGGGGUGAUUAGGCAUGGAGACAGGACGCCUAAGCAAAAGAUGAAGGUUGAAGUGAGACAUCCAAGAUUCUUCGAAAUCUUCGAGAAAUACGAGGGCUUCAAACGCGGGCACGUAAAAUUAAAGAAGCCGAAGCAACUGCAAGAGAUACUGGACAUCGCACGAGCCCUACUGGCCGAUAUCCACACGAGGCACGCCGACCCCGAGAUUGAGGAGAAGCAGGGCAAGCUGGAGCAGCUGAAGAGUGUGCUGGAGAUGUACGGCCACUUCUCCGGCAUCAACCGCAAGGUGCAGAUGAAGUACCAGCCGCGGGGCCGGCCUCGGGGCUCCAGCUCGGACGACGGUAACGCCCCGCCCACGCCGCACCACCACCACGGGGGCGUGGCCGAACCUUCAUUGGUGCUAAUUCUGAAGUGGGGGGGCGAGCUGACGCCGGCGGGGCGUAUCCAAGCCGAGGAGCUGGGGCGUAUGUUCCGCUGCAUGUACCCCGGGGGGCAGGGCAGACAUAUACCAGGUGAAGGCGGCACCCAAGGGCUCGGCUUGCUUCGCUUACAUUCCACAUUCCGCCACGACCUCAAAAUCUACGCAUCAGACGAGGGACGGGUUCAAAUGACGGCCGCGGCCUUUGCUAAAGGGCUAUUAGCCUUGGAAGGGGAGUUAACGCCAAUAUUGGUGCAAAUGGUCAAGUCUGCUAACACAAAUGGAUUGUUGGAUAACGACUGUGAUUCUUCCAAGGUGCAGAACAUGGCCAAAGCCCGCCUGCACGAGGCGAUGCAGGUGGACCGCGAGUUCGCGGACGAGGACCGCGGCCGCAUCAACCCGUGCCGCUCGCUCAGCAUCGCGGCGGCCAUGCGGCUGGUGAGCAACCCGGUGCGCUGCUGCGCCCACGUGCACGACCUCAUACAGCUGCUGGUGAGGAUCGUGGCCGCUAAGAAGGACGAUCCCAAGACUAGAGACACAAUCCUAUACCACGGCGAGACAUGGGAACUCAUGGGUCGCCGAUGGGGCAAGAUUGAGAAAGACUUCUGUACAAAGAACAAGACGUACGACAUAUCGAAAAUCCCAGACAUAUACGACUGCAUCAAAUAUGACCUACAACAUAAUCAGCACACGCUACAGUUCGAUAUGGCCGAAGAAUUAUAUAUGUACGCCAAGUAUUUAGCAGAUAUAGUCAUCCCGCAGGAGUAUGGUCUAACGAUGCAAGAGAAGCUGACAAUAAGCCAGGGAAUCUGCACGCCGCUGCUGAAGAAGAUACGAGCUGACCUGCAGAGGAAUAUCGAGGAGUCGGGAGAGGAGACCGUCAAUAGGCUUAAUCCAAGGUACAGCCACGGUGUUUCGAGCCCGGGCCGGCACGUCCGCACGCGGCUGUACUUCACCAGCGAGAGCCACGUGCACUCGCUGCUCACUGUACUGCGCUUCGGGGGGCUGCUGGAUGUGCUGAAAGACGAGCAAUGGCGGCGGGCUAUGGAAUACGUAUCGAUGGUUUCCGAGCUGAACUACAUGUCCCAAAUUGUUGUUAUGCUAUACGAAGAUCCUACUAAAGACCCCUUCUCUGAAGAAAGGUUCCACGUGGAGCUGCACUUCAGCCCGGGCGUGAACUGCUGCGUGCAGAAGAACCUCCCGCCGGGCCCGGGGUUCCGGCCGCACAGCCGCAACCACUCCACCACCAACAACUCGCAGAGUUCUUCAGACGAGGUGAAAUGUAUUGAGGAAGAAAGCGAAGACGACCAAAUGGCGAGCCAGGAGACACUGCAACCAGACAACCUAGACGAAUUAGACAACGCGUUUUCACCAAAGAAGAGUUCAAAAUCAAAACUGAGACCAUCGGAUCCUAUACCUAUUAGUAACUUGCACUACACUGUGAGCGGGCACGAGGCUUCGACGCUGGCGGCGCGGCUCAACGCGGAGCUGCGCGCGCGCUCGCACGAGGUCGACGCCCGGGAUCAGGUAGAGGAGAAAGAAGCCAAGGAAAUGGAAGAGCCGCCGCCGCGCGCGCGCAGCUACGACCAACACAAGCAACAGGAUAAUGGAGGCGAAGGGGACAAUGGGCUCACUUCCCCGACUAGCCCUCAAGCUUCGCCCGCCACUCCGUCCGUAACGCCCUGUAUUAACAUCGACGGAGUGGAGUCAUCGACUAACGAGCUGCCUCUGUCCGCGAUCACGUUCGGCGGGCGCUCGGUCUGUAGCGGGUGGGUGGCCGCAGGGCGCCGGCAGCGGCACAGCAUCGCCGGCCAGAUGAGCUACCUCAAGAUGCUGGGGCUGGGCGCGCGCGGCAAGCUGCCCGGCGCCGCCGCCGCGCUGUUCAGCACCGCCGUCAUCUCCGGCUCCAGCUCCGCGCCCAACCUCAGGGUCAUGAUACCGACCGCUACGGCGAGUAACAUCGCAGCGCUGGAAGGCUUCGGCGGCGUGCCAGCCAUCCGUCCUCUGGAGACUCUACACAACGCGUUGUCUCUGAGACAACUCGACGCUUUCCUGGAACGAGUGACAGCUGCCCCAGUCUUGCUGGGCUCCAACCAGACCUCGGCCAACAAUAAGCAACCUUCACCGGCUAAUAGUGUGGGUUGGAGCGGCCCUUCCUCCCUGAUGUCAUCGUCCGGUGAACUCCCUAGCGCACUAUCAUCAGCCGGGCCCUCGUCGCCGAACUCCAACUAUGCCAGCUCCGACCACAAGAAUAGCUCGGACAGUAGCAAUUGGAGUAAAAACACGCCGAAGCUCCCCCAGUGGGACGGCGAGGCGGCGACGCUGUGCGCGGGCGAGUCGACCCUGCACCCCUAUUUGCCGCACUCCGAUGUAGCAGGUUCGUCUAUUAGCGGGGACGUGACGCCGGUGUCGUUGACGUCGGAGUUGGAGUUCAACAGCAACGAGGCCACCGCCGGCUCCGUCACAGACCACGAACUGUUGAGUGCAGAAGGCGAAGAAGACGAAGAAACGCUGUCAGCGGAUCCUUACGGUUCGCCCAUGACGUACAUCAAGAACGACCUCAGCCCGCAGCCCGGCGCCGCGCUGCCCUCCACCAGCGCCGCGCUCGACUUCUACGGCCUCAACAUACAGCAAACCAAGGACACCUUCUACAAAGACAUGCCGUCCAGCAGCAAGAACUUCAACAUAGACGACGUCACGAACAAAUGCUUCAAAUUAGAACCCUCACAGUACGCCAGCAAUCUAGACUCCCUCAACUUGAGCAAGUGUAGUAAAAUAAAAAAUAAAAAAAACGAAACAUUAAACAAUGGAAGUAGGAGAUAUAGCGAUAGCAGCGCACAAAAAAGUAAUAACCAAGCACAAGUUUCAGGCAGUAGAUUCACCACCACCCUAGUGACCGAGGACACGUUGAAACCUGGCCCGUCCAGCGAAAGUAAGUCGAACACUGCGUCCCCGGGAAAACCCACGAUAACAAAAGCUAACUAUGUGACUGUUAAGCCAGGAUUCGCGGUUCCAGAGCAGUGAUAGUUUGUUUCUGGUUAUAUUUUUAUUCAUAUGACGUAUUUAUACCCGGUCUUCUUAUUCUUAACUUCAAAUCACUAUGUUGAUGCUAUUAAGUAAUUUAUGCUUACGUCUAGUUAAUAUUUUUUGCAACGAAUUGUGAAUCAUGUUCGAAUCAAUUUUAUAAGCUUUUUAACUAUGUAUGUUAUAGAAAGUGUUCACAUCAUUUUAAUUUUGUGUAUACAAUUUUCAGAUAGUGAACAUCACCCUGAAUCAUCAAAGGCUAAAUAAUGAAAUAUUAGAUAUUUCUCACUAAUAAAAUAUAGUCUUGGAGUAAGUUUAAGAGCUGUGUAUAUAAAAUACAUUAUGUUAAAAGUG